UGUUAGUCAAUUGGAGCUCGAGCGAUGGACAAUUAAUUAAGAUAUGUGGUGAUAACAAGAUUGAAGCUAGUGAAUUACCGUUGUGAUGGGCAUUAUGUGCAACGAAUAAGUUUUAAGUGGGUGCCGAAAUGUUUAAGGGAAUCGAGAGGCCGUGAACGCUAGAUCUAACAUUGCACUACACGUUAGGACAACAAAAACAAAAGCAAUUACAAAAAAAAAUCAAUCACAUUUCUAAUUAACCACCGGAGGAGGUGCUGGAAGAAACGAUGUCACCGCCAAAAAAUUGUGCAGUGUGCGGCGACAAAGCUUUAGGUUACAAUUUUAAUGCCGUUACGUGCGAGAGCUGCAAAGCGUUCUUUCGUCGGAACGCUUUGGCGAAAAAACAAUUUACCUGCCCAUUCAACCAAAACUGCUCGAUAACCGUUGUCACCCGCCGCUUUUGUCAGAAGUGCCGCCUGAAAAAAUGCAUAGACAUAGGGAUGAAGAGCGAGAAUAUCAUGUCCGAGGAAGACAAACUGAUCAAGCGCAGGAAAAUCGAGAACAACCGAGCCAAGCGUCGCAUGAUGGAGCAUGGAGGGACAGAUGGCGAUGCCGAGGAAACGAAAGGAGGUGAGCGUGCUGUGGCCGACAGCAGCAGCAAUGUGGAUAUGUACGCAGGCUCACAGGACUCGCAUAGCUGCGGCUCAGCUGAUAGUGGUGCGAAUAUUACGGUGGGCCCCACAAGCUCCACCGCUUCGAGCAAAUACGUAAAGGACCGGCUGUCUGCCAUUGAUCCGAUGCUGAUGACGGCCGAAGAAAUGGUGGAAUGCAUUGUUUCCGAUCCAGAUCGCGCCUCUCAAGCCAUUAAUAGGAUUAUGCGCACCCAAAAGGAGGCCAUUUCGACCAUGGAAAAGAUAAUCAGCUCACAAAAAGAUGCCUUAAAACUUGUUUCGCAUUUGAUCGACUAUCCAGGUGACGGUCUCAAAAUCAUAAGCAAAAUAAUGAACUCGCCAUUCAACGCUUUGACAGUAUUCACUAAAUUUAUGAGCUCGCCCACGGAUGGGUUGGAAAUCAUUUCAAAGAUUGUUGAUUCGCCACAGGAUGUGGUCGAGUUUAUCAAGAACCUGAUGCAAUCGCCCGAAGAUGGCAUUAACAUCAUGAACAAAUUCAUGAACACGCCUGCAGAAGCUCUCAAAAUGUUAAACCGCAUUUUUAAUGGCACAAAUGCUGCCGCUGAUGGCAUUAAACCGGUGCUGGGCGAGCCCCCCAUAGCCACCCAUGAGCCCCAGAGCGCACAGGCACUAACCGAGCGAGUCGAGACUGUAAUACAGACCAUGCUCAAUAGUUCACCAUCGGCGAGCAGCAUGACCCCAGUGGACCCCAUGACACCAGUGAUGGCCUCGCCUCUGAGCAGCGUUCAGAGUCCGCCCAGCAAUGGAGCCAUUGAUUUGAAUUACCAGUCGCCGAUAAGUACUAGCCAAUCAGCGGAUGAGCUGCCCAGCACUUCGGCCAGCAGUCACCCACUGCCCUACAUUGCCAAUUCGCCGGAUUUCGAUUUAAAAACAUUCAUGCAAACCAACUACAACGAUGAGCCGAGCCUUGACGCUGAUCUGAGUAUCAAUUCUAUCGAAUCAGUGCUCUCAGAGGUCAUACGCAUUGAGUAUCAGGCUUUCAAUAGUCUGCACACCUCGCGCAUUAAGGACGAGCAGUAUCAUGUCGGCGGCAUGAUGCACUCCCCCUACAUGCAGAAUGGCUACACAGGCUGCAAUGCGAUCAAUGCACAGCAUCUGCAACAUCAGCAGCCGAUCUGUGCGCCAUCGAGCAUGCUAAUGGAACGGGACCUGAACGAGGCUGAGCAAAUGAAACUGCGUGAGUUGCGCAUAGCUAGUGAAGCACUCUUUGACCCAGUGGAUGAGGAUCUAAGCGUCCUGAUGAUGGGCGAUGAACGUAUCAAGCCCGAAGAUACACGUCACAAUCCCAAACUUUUGCAACUCAUCAAUCUGACGGCGGUGGCCAUUAAACGGCUUAUCAAAAUGGCCAAAAAGAUUAGUGCAUUCCGCGACAUGUGCCAGGAGGAUCAGGUGGCAUUACUUAAAGGAGGCUGCACUGAAAUGAUGAUAAUGCGUUCAGUCAUGAUUUACGACGAUGAUCGCAACUCAUGGAAGGUGCCACACACCAAAGAAAACAUCGCCAAUAUUCGCACUGAUCUGUUGAAAUUCGCCGCAGGCAAUGUCUACGAAGAGCAUCUAAAGUUUAUAUCCACAUUCGAUGAAAAGUGGCGCAUUGAUGAGAACAUUAUACUGAUUAUGUGUGCCAUCGUGCUCUUCACGCCAGCCAGGUCACGCAUCAUUCAUAAGGACGUCAUCAGGUUGGAACAGAAUUCCUAUUAUUAUCUUCUGCGAAGAUAUCUGGAGAGCGUUUAUUCAGGCUGUGAGGCCAAAAAUGCCUUCAUCAAGUUAAUCCAAAAGAUUUCAGAUGUGGAGCGUCUGAACAAGUUUAUCAUAAAUGUGUAUUUGAAUGUGAAUCCCUCACAAGUGGAGCCUUUAUUACGUGAAAUAUUCGAUUUAAAAAAUCACUGAAACGAAUUCUAUGGCACAUAAAAUGUCGCGUGUUAUUUGUUGUUCAUUCUAUAGUCUAUUAACUGCACUUUGUUUUGUUUGUUCGCUUAUAAAAAUUUAGAUUUAAACUCAAUGUGAUUGUUAGAUUUGCCGAUACUAUAUAUAUAUAUACAAAUAGAUUUUAUAUUUCUACAAACAAAGAGCAUAUUUAGGAUAAAGAGUGCAAAGCAUCACAAACUGAAAUGUACACACUAAACUUAGUUUUGAAUAAACUAUAAACAAAGCAACAAUA